AUGGGAGGUGAGACAAGAUUUGACGAAAAAGAGACAAAGUUACCCACUUAUUGGGAGACUCCCUUUUCGAAGAUUUGUCUGGGCAUGAAGAUCCCAAGUGAACAAACCGCGCAUUUCAUUGCUAUAAACCAGUCGGCUGACUCUCUACACUCUUUGAUCGCCGACCAGCAAUUCCGUCCCACAUCACUGAGUGUCGCUAAAUGGAAAUCACUGCUUGGUCCCCAAGGCUCUCUUCAGCCAGGUUGUAGAAAGGAAGGGUUCAAUGUAAUUUGCGACAGUCAAAGCCACGCAAAAGCAAGAAAUGUCAUCGUUGGUAACAAGGAGGCCGAUUGUAAUACUUGUGAUUCCAGAAUCGGGUUUGGCACGACCGGUCAGCAUGAUUCAACUAACACGUGUGGUAAUGAGGCGGUCAUCUUCGGAGAUAAUGGUGACAAGCAUAUCAAAGCCAUGGGAUACAUUUUUAUUCAAUGA